GACGAAAUUUGGCUUGUUAGGGCGCUCGGCGUCGGUUCGAGUAGCUGAGCCCAGCCACUAGCCCGGAGCCCGCUGAGCCUCCUCCCCUAACGGGGACCGCCCCGCGGCGCUGUGCUUAGAGCCCAGCACCGGGAGAAAAGUUUGGAGCGCCUGGGGGGUUUGGGCCGCCGAAGGAAGGGAACCAGAGCACAGGGACCGCCACUCCAAGUUGGGGCGGCUGUCGCCGCGUGUGGGGGUGCCUGUCCCGCAGCGACCUGCAGCAGCCGGACUUCACCCGGAGGAAUGGGGCUCUCGGUCCCGGUGCGAGGCGGGCAUUAGGAGCUCGGCUGGAGGCCGGGAAGGAACUUCUUUUGCGAGCUGUCGCCUCGGGCCCUCCGUGUCUGCAGGAACUCUCCGGAAUCCGGUGGGGAAGGACUGGAUCGCUCUUCCACUGGGAUUCGUCAGGAGUUCCGGCGGCAGCUGCGGCGGCGGUUGCCGAGUCUCCCUUUGUCCUCCGAGGACCUCCUUCCCACCCUUUCUUCCUCCCUCUGUCAGCUAGUGGGUUCCGCUGACCCAGGCCCCGGCGCCCUAUCUGCCUGCUGCCCCCCACCCCAGGGUCCCUGGCAACUCCUACCACCGGAGCGUCCCACCAAGUCGAGGGGGCUGCGAGCAGGACGGAGUCGCAGGCCCGUGGCCGCAGGAUGGUGAUGCGGCUGUCCCUGGCCCGCAGCCCCGGGAGCUGGCUGGUCCCCGGGCUGUGGCUGCUGGCGCUUAGUGGUCCUGGGGGGCUGCUGAGCGCCCAGGAGCAGCCCUCCUGCAGAGGAGCCUUUGAUCUCUACUUCGUCCUGGACAAGUCUGGGAGUGUGGCAAAUAACUGGAUUGAAAUUUACAGUUUUGUCCAGCAACUCACGGAGCGAUUUGUGAGCCCUCAAAUGAGAUUAUCUUUCAUUGUGUUUUCUUCUCAAGCAACCAUUAUUUUGCCAUUAACUGGAGACAGAGGCAAAAUCAGUCGAGGCUUGGAGGAUUUAAAACGUGUUGUUCCAACAGGAGAGACUUACAUCCACGAAGGACUAAAGCUAGCAAAUGAACAAAUUGAGAAAGCAGGAGGCUUAAAAACCUCCAGUAUCAUAAUUGCUUUGACAGAUGGUAAGUUGGACGGUCUGGUGCCAUCAUAUGCAGAGAAAGAGGCAAAGAUAUCCAGGUCAUUUGGGGCGAGAGUUUAUUGUGUUGGCGUCCUUGACUUUGAACAAGCUCAGCUUGAAAGAAUUGCUGAUUCCAAGGAACAAGUUUUUCCUGUCAAAGGUGGAUUCCAAGCUCUUAAAGGAAUAAUUAAUUCUAUACUAGCUCGGUCAUGUACUGAAAUCCUGGAAUUACAGCCCUCAAGUGUAUGUGUUGGGGAUGAAUUUCAAAUUGUUUUGAAGGGAAGAGGAUUCAACCUCGGCAGUCGCAAUGGCAACGUUCUCUGUACUUACACAGUAAAUGAAACCUACACAAAGAGUGUACAGCCAGUAAGUGUGGAGCUUAAUUCUAUGCUUUGUCCUGCACCUUCCCUGAACAAAGUUGGAGAGACUCUUGAUGUAUCAGUGAGCUUCAAUGGAGGAAAAUCUGUCAUCUCAAGCUCAUUAGUAGUCACAGCCACAGAAUGUUCUAAUGGGAUUGCAGCCAUCAUUGCACUUUUGGUGUUACUGCUGCUCUUGGGUAUCGGUUUGAUGUGGUGGUUUUGGCCCCUUUGCUGCAAAGUGGUUAUCAAGGAUCCUCCUCCACCACCACCCUCUGCACCAAAAGAGGAGGAAGAAGAUCCUCUGCCAACCAAGAAAUGGCCGACUGUGGACGCUUCCUAUUAUGGCGGGCGAGGAGUUGGAGGAAUUAAAAGAAUGGAGGUUCGCUGGGGGGAUAAAGGAUCUACUGAGGAAGGUGCAAGGCUGGAGAAAGCCAAAAAUGCUGUGGUGAAGAUCCCUGAAGAAGCAGAGGAACCUGUUAGGCCAAGGCCACCUCGACCCAAACCCACGUACCAGCCUCCUCAGACAAAGUGGUACACCCCAAUUAAGGGUCGGCUGGAUGCGCUCUGGGCUUUGCUGCGGCGACAGUACGACCGGGUUUCCUUGAUGCGACCUCAGGAAGGAGAUGAGGGCCGGUGCAUAAACUUCUCCCGAGUUCCAUCUCAGUAAAAGAAAGGAAGAAGACCAAGAAGGUAUGAAGGUGGUACCUAUCCACACUGCUGAUUUCCAACAAAAUGAGAAACAAAAGUGCAUUUUAGAAGUUUUUGGAAGAGCAGCUUCAUUCUCUCAGUCUGGAAAUGUUUUCUCUGCCCUCUGCUUUGCUUACACCAGACAUUUUUCAAAGAGUUGUUUUGCCAUCUACACAGGAGUUGAUGAAACAGUGGUUGCUCAUGAUCACAGCAUUGAAAAUAAAGAGGAACAUUGAUCUACAUGCUAUGGCUAAUAGAAGAAAGUUUGCAUGUAUAUGUAGAAAAGGGAAAAGAAUGAAAGACAACAGCAUGAAGAUAUCAAAAUGGGAACCAUGUAUAACCACUGGGUCUUUAAUGAAGAAAGGAAUGUUUAACAUGGAAACUUGGCACUUGUGUUUUUACAAGGCAAGAUUGUGUAUCCACAGGCAGAGUUUGAAGUUUCCCACCAGGACAAUCAAAUAAAGGAGUCCGUUGCCUUACAGCUCUGUCAGAUUACAAAACCCUUCCAAGUGCUCCCACAACGUGCCUUACGGGAAGCUUCUGCCUGGAAAACCUUGUCAUUCUAACACUGAGAAGUGCACACGCAUGACAAAAUAUAGACAGGAUGCCUCAAGGUAUUGGUCGCAAGCAAGAUUUUGCCUUUUAGUUUUUGAAGACACCUUUAUUUCAUUAUGUACUUGGGAAAAGAAGAAAAUUAAUGGAGUGUUAUUCCACAGGAAGACACCCUCUAACCAGAGAUCUUCAGUGGAGUGUGAGAGACUCAUGAUUUGAGAAUUUGUCCCUGUGAUUGGUAGAUUUACCCCUUUUUCUGUGUUUAGGUUUUAGUAGUGCAUAAAGCGUUAAUGUCUAUAAACACACCUAAGAGUUUUGUUUGCUUUUAAUUUAAAGGAAGCACUAACCACAAAGCUUCCGCUCAGGGUUUUUCUUUCUCCAAGUCUCCAAGGGCUCUUCAGCAUCACAAGCUAGCAACUCUCUUUGCAUGAAAAUUUCAAAGUUUAAUUAAUAUAAUUAAAGGCAACAGCAAGCAGCAGCCUGUGAAGAUUUUGCUCAUCUUUUUUAUGCCUUUUGACAUUGAAUGACCUAUUACUGUAUGCGCAUUACUUGGAUUUUGAGGGAGCACUUUAUACCUUGGAUAUGAUUCAGUAGAGAAGAAAAGACCUCCACUCAUCAAUUUAAAAAUUAAAUUUUCAGGAGGAUCAGCCACUACAAAACAUCGAAAAUGUAUGUUUUCUAAUUUUUUAGAAAAACCACCAUCGUGUCAUGUCCAUGGUGCCAAAUUAUGUUAGCGUGAGCGGAAACACUGUGGGGAGGGAGAAGGCAGCAGCUGAAGAGAAAAGCUCAAAUGAUCUAGUCACUUUCGAUACUGUAUUUCAGAUGGGAAAUGGAUAUUUGACUCGAAACCUGACAAAGUGUGCCUGCUUUGAUGUGAACUGGUAUAGACAAUGACCAGUGGCUGGGUCAGUGGGAUGUCUCUCUGCGAGCACAAAGGCUUAUCAAAUGACACUAAAAAUAAGUUCAACCACCAUCACUUUGGAAGGGAGAAGGCGAACAUUUCAUGUUUGGUGGGCAUAGGAGUGCACAAGAUGGAAAAGAGCGAUUUGGAGCGACCCAGUAUAAUUAUCCCCGUUGUGCUCGUAAUGGAAAUUUCAAAGGACGGGAGUGAUUCUGUUGGUUGGUGUCCAGAUCUGUGGCACUGUUCCAGGAAGCCUUACUCUCUCACACACACACACACACACACACAUACACACACACACACACUAUAUAUAUAUAUAUAUUUACACACAUGUAUAUCUACUUGCUUAAAUCUUUGGCUCAAGUUUAUUUAUGUCACUGGCUGGCUGGAUCCAAAGUCAUGAGUCUACAUAUUCAUAAAUAAAAUUUUUACUUGUGCCUCUGCUACCAUUUUCUUUAAGCCUACAUAAACUCAAACCUUAUUUGUUGAGUAUAUCAUUAUCCUGGUUAGUUUCUGGGACACAAUUAUAUUGAGUUCCAAAAUGUCCAUUACAUUCAUCAGUGAUGCAAUUGGCAAUAAUUAUCCAUGUGGCAAGUGUGAAUUGGAAGCCAAAUACACACCCAAUGAGUUCCUGUAGACCUUUGUUUUACAUUUGCAUCUGGGUCAGGCCUAUCCUAAUUUUCUGAAAUUGGCACUUCAUUUCUGAUCACUGUACAUCCCUAAAUGGCAUUUAUGAGCAUUGGGGAUGCUUAGAAGCUAAGACUAUUUCUUUGAUAGUUACUUUGAAUUUCUCUACUAUCAUAUGUCAUUUGUAUGACACUUACAUUUUGCUAUGUGAGCAAUGUAAGUAGACUUCUGCCUCUAAAUGACAAACUAGCUUUCCGUGGACUAUUAUUCAUAUGAAUUUCUAGUUCUAAUACCACUGGGAAGAGGUGAAGAGCUCUCAGUGAAAACAGAGGCAAUGGUCUGUAUGUAGUCUAAAAAAGUACCAUUCGUAACGUUCAAAGACAGAUGGACAUUCAUUGCACUGAAAAAUGAGAAUCAGGUCUCUGUUUUGAUUUUCUCUGAUUAGGCUAACUAGCAAGUGAGAGGACUUUGCUUUAAAGAAUACUCUUCUCUCACUAAAUUGAAAACCUCUACUUUCAACCAGGAGAAUAAAGCCAUUUCUGUAGUUUCAAUAAUGUUUUAUAUUUUAUACAGAAAUAAUUCCUGCUUAAUUUUUUGGACAUAAUAUCAGUCAAAAUUUCUGUGAAUAAAAGAGUAAGUCUUCAUCCAUAAUCCAUUUGUGUUGCAUAAGGUUGCAAAAACAAUUAAGUGGGAAAUGACUUCUAACUUAUGUGUCUACUCUGCCUGGAAAGAAAGUUUUGAAGGCAUCUAUAUAUAUUUCAUAACAAUGUCUGUUCUUUAUGGAUUUGAUCCAUAAAUAUUUAUCUAUCUGAAAACUUUGAUACUUGGAAUGUUUUCCUUAAAGCAUUUGGUGCUCCAAGAAAAAACAUUUGGUGCUAAGAGUUGCAGCACUGAUGCCUUUCCCCAACUUAAUUCUAUUUUAAAAUUUGAUAUUUCUUUCCCAAUGAGAUGCAGAGUAAAAUUUGAGACCCUCCAUUAAGUAGGGAGCAGCAUCUGUCACUGCGGAUAAUUACUAUUUUGACAAAAAUAUAUAAGGUUUAAACCUCCUAUACUUCAAAUCAUUAGAGAAAAAAUGAUUUGCUUAUAUUUCCCUUGAACUUGAUUCUAAUCACUUUAAAUCAUAAAUUAUGCAAUAUUUGUUUUUCAAAUAAAUCUUU